AAACAAACCUUGAAAACGUGCAGUCAGAUAAGUUUUCUUAUUCAUAAUGUCUCCCAAUAAAAAAGACGUGAAAUCUUGUCUUGAAAUGUCACUUAAAGUUAUAAGAAUGUAUGAUUGGCUUUUAGACUUGUAUGUGUUGGACUUCUUUGUCGACGACCAUUGGAACAAAUUGCCAAGUACGUGGCGAAAUACUUUCGAACAUAUGGACCCACAACUUUUAGGCGACAUUCUAUCAAACAGACCAUCUAACACGUUGCUGCCAUUAUCAUUUUUGGCUCUAAUAAAGUCGAUUGAAGCCCUUACUAUUCCACGAGAGAGACAGGAUAUAAAAUUGAAUGAAACAGGGUCUGUGGACUUGGAUACUUGCAAGCAUCAUCCGAGGUUAAAAAUUCUGUUUUUAAAGCAUGUGAAAUUGAAGAAGAGACAUGAGAUUAGUCUGAUGGCUGGUGUAGUAGUAGAUACUGCUGUACAGACUGGUUGUAACUCUGUGAUAGACUUUGGUUCUGGUUUGGGACACUUGGUGCGAGUCUUAGCUUACAGAGAUGAUAUGCACGCAGCUGGGAUCGAGUGCCAGACACAACUCACUGAGGAGGCUAGAAAACUUGACUUGGAAUUAGAGUAUACAGCCAAGAAGCAUUUAUCAAGCGACUCUGUAAGCAGACUAAAGCACCCUCUACACAUCAAUAUGACAUUGUCAAGUCACAAACAGCUGACGGAGCUCUGUUUACCAGAUUACAUGGCAAACUAUGGAUUAAUAGGUUUACAUCCAUGUGGAGACUUGGGUCCUUUACUAUUGAAGCAGUUUGUUGAAUGUGAAAACAUAAAGUUUAUAUGUGUAGUGGGAUGUUGUUUUAUGAAGCUGACCUGCGAUGGUGUCAACCGAGGGUAUCCAAUGAGUGACUUUGUAAAGAGGUUGGACAGUCAUCUCUCGUUUACCAGUAGAGAAAUAGCUUGCCAUGCGAUUGAGGUGUACUGUGAGAGGCUUUGCAAAGGCAAUUAUGAAGAUUUGAAGAUACACGCCUACAGGGCUGCUCUAGAAAGGAUGCUGGUGGAACAUGACCCGAAACUCCGCCACGCACCAGUGAGGAGCAUUAAACAUUCAAACACCAUGUCUUUUGAACAGUACUGCUCCCAAGCUACAGAGCGCCUCAACAUCUCCCUUCCAUCGUGUCCAGCGGCCUGGUCCCGCGGCCAAGCGGACCUGGCGCAGUGGCGACGUGUGGUGGUGGUCUACACGCUGCGGUUAGCUUUGGCACCGCUUGUAGAAACCGUGGUGUUGCUGGAUAGAGUACUUUUUGUACUUGAACGAGGUCUAUCUUGCGAAAUAAGACCCGUGUUCGAUCCGAAGCUAUCACCUAGAAAUCAUAUUAUAAUAGCGAAAAGAUAAUAUUAACAAGACAUUUUAAACUCAAGCGUGUAAAAUAUAAGGUGUAUUUUUCCAAAAUAUAAUGUUUCUCGAAUUUAAUGCUUGUAAGAAAGAAUGUUUUGUAUUUUUUAUUUAUGACAAAUAUAUCAGUACAGAUAAC